UGAAGCCAUUAUUAUUGUUUUCUCUUUUCUUUUUUUGUUUUCUCAAUCUCUCUAGGUUCGAGAAAGUGCAAUAGAAUCCUAAAGAGAAAACCCAAUAACACCAAACCACCUUUGAAUAAAACCCUUUGUUUUCAACCAAAAUAUAUAACACAAAACAAACUUCACUUCAAACAAAUUACACCAAUUUCUUUUCUCUCUUUUCUUCUCUCAACAUAACCCAAAAUCAAAAUCCUGUCAUGUAGUGAGUUCAGAGAGAGAGAGAGAGAAGAGAGCAGAAAAAAUGACUUGUUAUUGUUCUUCUUGUAAGUUUGGUUCACUUCUCCUUAUGGCUUUUAUUUGGCUUUUGUUGGCAAAUGGUUCGUGUCAAAGGAAAGAACCCGUCGUGGUGGGGAAGGUGACGACAGCGACGGGAGAUGAAAUUAGUGGAAUUUCCAAAGAGACGACAGUGGCAGUCGGCGGCGGUCGUGGCGGAAAGGUUGUUGAUCAUCCAGAAUGGCAUCUCAACUACAUGAGCAAAAGAAGAGUUCCUAAUGGUCCUGAUCCAAUUCAUAAUCGGAGAGCAGGAAACUCUGGAAGACCACCAGGCAAGGCUUAGCCCUUAAGAAAGAAACUAAAUUGAAAAGCUUUUGUAAGAAACUGGGCUUUCAAGAUCAUGACACACCAAGAAUAUGCAUCAUCUGCUAUAUCUUGUAUGUAUUAACUUUAGGUAUUAAACGAUGAAAAACUUAUCGGAUCGCGAUUUUUCGUUAGAAUUUUAAUUAGGAUAAUCCUUUCGAUAACAUUUUUGUUUUUAGUUUUAAACACCAUAUGUGUAUUUGCUGCCAUUUUUCUUCAUCAA